CUUAGAUGUAAAUCAUCUCUCAGAUAUUUCUAAAAUUCACUCAUACUAUAUCACCAAUGCAGCUACAGAAUUAAAUUAUGUUAACCAGGAUAUUACAGAUAAGGAAAUUGAAGAUAUUAUAUCUCGAGCUACAUAUUGCAUGUUUACAGAAACAGAUAUGUUUGAUGAUGAAUAUUUUCAAGAUGAAUCAGAUUUUACUCAAUCAUAUACAGAACCAAUAUUAGAUUCAUCUUUUAGUGAAAUAAAUUUGCGUCUUGAAGAAUAUUUUGAUUUUAAUGAAGAUUUCAACCAAGAAGAAUUUUUAAAGAAUACUGAAGAGAUUGAACAAAUUGAGCAUGGAAAUAAAAAUUUUGAUAUAGAAUCUCUUCUUCAAGAUAUUGAAUAA